AUGUUUACUAAUUUGGCGGAAGCCCAAAAGAGAGUUGAAGAAGAAGCAAUCAAGCUGAAGAAGCCUUCUCAUGUUACAGCUAAACAUGUAGGAGGCGUUAUGGUUCAAACUCAUCCAGAGCGUUAUGCUUUGCCGGACUCGCUCCGGAGGAGAGGAGUCAUCAAACAGAAGAAAAAGAAGGCUCCUGCUCAGAUUCAGAUCCCUCAGAAGGAGACCGUGAAGUCCACCCCCGGAUCAGGCAUGAGCGUUGCCUCUCCUUGGACACUCCGAGAUGCAAAGGAGGUUUGUUCGUAG